AUGGAUCCCUCGUCCCUACCAAGAACGCGUUCCGGACUCCCUACCAAGUACGCGUUCUGGACUCGACCACCCUCAAACUGGUCAACUCGGACAUUCCCGGAAUCCCGGAAAAAAACAUCCGGACGCUACCUGGCAGCCGCGUUGAAGCUGUACACGAUUAAUCUGGAAGAUCUGAAGCUGGUGGGAUGUCAGACGAGUGCGCAUCGGUUCCACAAGGUCGUGUGGAGUCUGCUGGAUUUUGGUACGGCCACGACCACGAACCCGAACGGAGUCAUUGUCGGUGGUUGCGAAGGUGGCGUCAUCCAGGUUUACAGCGCUUCGAAGCUGUUGGCCGGGGAGAACGCGCUGAUGGUCCAGCAGGUCAAACACAACGGAGCGGUGAUGGCGGCCCGGCUCAGCGACCGCAUCGACUUCCUGCGGCUCAAAACGUACACCAAAGGUCGGCAGAUCGACUGGGGAUUUACCUCCGCGUACCGGCGCACGCACAUUCUCACCGGUUCGGCGGGUAGCUUAAGCAUGUUCCAGCAGCCGAACGGUCCGGCCAGAGUUCAUCACGCCUCGGAGGAGGAGCUCCGCGGCAUCCAGGUGUUUCACCAGCAAGGGCACCAGAACCGGAACCGUCAUGACCGGCAGCAUGGACCACACGGUGUAGUUGUCGUGAAGGAGAGUCACCAGCUGCAGUUUACGCUGCACGGUCACCUCGUGUCGUGGCCCGUUCGAGCCGCCGAAUCCCAGCUGGAUGUGACCUCGACCGAUGACUACCGCAAGAUGCGCGAGUACGAGCAGGAAACGUUCCUGAGCAUGGUCAAGCAGGUCAAGAACGCCGGAGCAACACUCGCAAUCUAACAGAGGGGAUUCGACGACGAGGCGAACAAAUUACUGCUGCAGCAAAAACUGCCUUGCGUUCCCUGUCCCCUUCUGUGGUUCCGAAAUCGUACUGAUCCCCAUCGCCACCAGCGGCAGAAUCGUGCCUCGCUUGGGCUAAACUACACAGAGGAAGUGGAACUGGUAACCGGAACUCGCCUGUUGUCGUCAUCGUGCUUCCGGCCUUUGGCACCGAACCUAAAAAUCGGCGGAGUCACGCGAUCCUGCCCGGUGCAUUAACUCCAAAAUCCAUACUUUUUAUAAUUGUUUGAGUUUUUAGAGUGAAAAUAAUAAAAUAAAAAUAGCGCCGUGUUGAUAAUUUA